GGCGAGGGCCAGUCUCGUUCAGUACCACCACACGCGUCGCAGUGAGAGGGUCGUCGCUGCUCUCAUCCUUGCACUUGUAGAGACUAUAGCAGAAAGUUGCGACAUAUAGCAAUUACUAUAAAAAACACGUAUUAGAAAAUUCAAAAUAUGGAAAUUAACUCUCAGCAUCAUGGCGGACGACCGGAGGAAAUCAGCCGAAUCCUGGUCACCAUAUUUUUGGCAGUUGUAUUAAUCAUAACUGUAGUUUUAAAUGGUCUAGCUGGUCCUGGCGCUUCGCCCUUCAGUCAGUCUACAGGUGAUGUCUCCAACCAGUUGUUCACCUGCAUCACCCCAGCAGGAUACACCUUCAUUAUAUGGUCCAUUAUAUACACCGCCCUCGUCCUCAUUGUAAUUUAUGCCAUCAGUUUGCUGUUAUUGAGAGUGGAUGGAGUGAAGGCUUGGAAGCAUGGUGGUGCUGUAUCGUUCUCGUUCAUGCUGGUGCUGGCCGUCAAUCUCAUCCUUAACGUCGGAUGGCUCUUUGCCUGGGAUGCUGUCAAUGCCACAGCCUCAUUCAUCAUCCUCUUACUUGUCGCCGUCACAAAUAUCAUUGCAAUAUCCCUAAGUGCUUACAGCUUUGCCAGAGUCGCGUCGAGUCUCUAUCAAAAAUCCAAGUUCCAUUUUUGGUCCGGGAUUUUAGUCAUCAAUGGUAUGGGGCUGUACGUCACCUGGACCAUUAUUGCUGCACUUCUCAAUGUCACAAUCUUCUUUAUGUAUGAGGUUAAGGUGGAUAGUAAUGGAGUCUGUCUGGGUGUUCUUAUCUUCCUGUUGGUGAGUUUCAUCUUUUGGUUUAUCCUGGAGAACGCUGUCUUCACGGUGUUCGCCAACCCUCUGCUCACUCACUACAUAGUGCUGCUGUGGGCGAUCGUGGGAGUGUACGUGGAACAGAAGGAUUCGGUCAGCACGGAAGUAAGCGCCCUAAUGGUAACUAUCAUAGCGGCAUCGUCCAUCAUGCUUGUGGCUCGGGUCGUCAUCCUCGUCUACAGGAACAGAAACAAUGCCACCUACAGUCAACCCACCACACAUAACAGCGUCAAGGUUGAUGCAUGUGAGACCCAGGAUCGUCUUUAUUAAGGGAUAGGAGUUGCUGAUGUUGGUUUUAAGAUGCGUACACAACUUGAGGGACUGUGCGUUGUGAUAUCCAGUACCUCGGUGUGUGGUCGUGUCAGGGUUAUCACGUGAGUAUGAUAGUCACUGUUGUCUGUAGUUAGUUGUCUCAGAGGAUGUAGAAGUUAGUUGGCUCAGAGGAUGUAGAAGUUAGUUGUCUCAGAGGAUGUAGAAGUUAGUUGGCUCAGAGGAUGUAGAAGUUAGUUGGCUCAGAGGAUGUAGUAGUUAGUUGUCUCAGAGGAUGUAGAAGUUAGUUGGCUCAGAGGA